UUUCGAGUUGGUAACAUGGAUUUCAAAAAAGCGAGCACUGUAAGCGGCCUUGAGCCUCGGAAAGCAGCAAAACAGCCAAUCAUCAUACGCAUCGAUCAGACAGACUCGAUAUCCAGCACCGACAGUUCUGAGCCAGAUACGAAGGAGUCUCAACAUGCCCAGCCAGCCUGCUCGUCGGUCGCUUUCCAAUCUUCGAACGAGAAUCUCCCGCGACAUUCCCUGGAACAUGAUGUCUACCAACCGCCGGCUGCCAAAGUCUGGAACAAGCUCGCCGAGAGUGUCAGGCUUGCCUACACACGCGGCAAGGUCUCGCUGGAACAGCGCGAACACGAUCAGAAACCGAUCUCCGUUGCAGGCAGAUUCAAUCACUGUUACGUCUACCCGCUAGACAACCGGAGUGGAAAGAACGAGCGCAUAUUGCUGGGACGGUGGGCUCCAAAGCUUGAAGUUCGAGAUGGCCAUGGCACACGGCAGACUGUCAUUCAAGCCGCCUCACACAACUAUGCCGGCUUCUACAAUCUCACCAAAGGUGCGGAAGAACUGCAGCGCUUAGCCCUCGAGAAGCUACCCGUCGCCGACUCCCGUACAGUGAGAUCCCUGGAAUCGGCUAUGCACGAUGGCUUUGCCAAAUUCUUCUCUGCCGACUUCUGCUACACGACCAGCACAGGAUACGGUUCCAACGUAUUGGCCUUCUCGGCGAUCCUGAACCAGGACUGGCUCGUCAUGUUUGAUGACAAGUGCCACAACUCGAUGCACGUCGCCGCGCAUCUCAGUCAUGCCGGACUGGUCAAGAAGUUCCCGCAUGGCAAUUUUGAGAGAAUGGAGGCCAUCCUGGCCGAGUACAAGGACAAGUUUGCGAAUAUCCUGGUCUCAAUCGAGGGGUUCUACAGCAUGGAUGGUACCGUGCCUGCUCUCGACACGCUUGUGCGCCUGAAGCAGAAGUAUAACUUCACUCUGCUUGCCGACGAAGCUCACUCGUUGAUGUGUCUGGGCCGCACGGGUCGCGGGUGUAUCGAGGUUUGGAAUGAAAAACACCCCGACCAGCCCGUCCCGACUGACCUCUUCGACCUCCGCACGGGAACAUUGUCGAAGUCGGUCGGGGCGAUUGGGGGCAUUGUGUGCGGGAAAUCUCGAUUCGCCGCGACGGUUCUGAAGCGCCGUGACGAGAUGCUUGCCUCUGGAGCCGAUCCUGUUCCGACCUCAUCCAUUAUCCAAACGUUGAAUGUCCUGGGCCAACCGACCCUGCUGCAGCGCCAUCUUCGGAGGCUGACUGCGGCGGCGACCUUCGUCCGCGAAGAACUGCACCGGGCCGGCGUCCACGUAUAUGGCAAUGCCAUCUCGCCCAUCCUCCCGGUACACGCUGGUCGGCCCAGCAUGGCAGCGAAGAUGUCGUACGCGCUUCGGAAGGUCGGCCUGCUCGCCACGCCGGUGUCGACGCCCGCAGUUCCCUUUUGGGAGUCUCGCGUCCGGAUUUGUCUUUCCGCAGAUCACGAUAACGACACGGUCGACGGACUGAUCGCAGCAAUCGUGAAGGCCGCUCAGAAUAUCGGGCUGACUGGGAAUGCUAAGUUCGAGCCCAGGCCGUUCAACUACCUUGACGAGCUGCCCACUGAGCAGGAGAGAACGGAGGCGCGGCACACCUGCGACUAUAUUCGACAACUCAUCGACCAGGACAUCAGGAGGACCACAGGCACAAUCUGCGACCAUACCAUUUUGGAUGCGGGCCACGCGGCACGAAGCAGAUACGGGCUCGGGUCCGGCGGUGCACGCUGGAUCACAGGCACGUCGGAACUGCACAUCCAAGUCGAGAAGCUAGCUGCACGGCUCACAGGGACCGCAGACGCACUCACUUAUCCGGACUCGUUCAUUGGGCUGAUGUCGACCGUCGCCGCUCUGAGUCGGCCGGUGAUAGGGUUCAAGAAGCACGUCUUUCUCGUCCCAGAUUCAGCACCCCAGGCCGUCUGGGAUGGGUUCCGUGCGGCGUCCAAGAAGAGAGCUCCAAGGGUUCAGGGAUACGGCGAUAGCCUCGACUCGUUGCUCGAGCACAUUCGCUCCUGCGGCCCCGCGACCUACAUCACCCUAUUCGUCGACUGUGCAAUCAAUCAUCAAGGCGACAGCCUGGAGACGAUCCAGCGAGCUCGCGGCCCGGCGGGCAUGACGAUUCUCAUGCACGACCGCGCCGGGGCUGGGAGUUUAUGGCCGCACGAAGGGGCAGAUGCUCUCUCGACAGGCUCGAGUACGAGGACGGGUACCAAGUAUCCGACUUCGACUUCCCCUCCCACGUACCGGGACCACCAGGUCCUGGUCUACGGCUCCUUCUACGCCGCGUUCGGCCUACCCGGAGCAUAUCUCGUGGGCUCCCCGGCCCUGCUCAAGGAGCUGCGGUACACGAGUCGUGGGUACAUGUUCACGACGUCGCAGCAGCCGUUCAUCAUGGGCAUGGUCGGCGCGGAGCUGCGGCGGAUGAUGGAGCGGGAUGUCCAGAAGGCACUAUGAAAAAUGAGUUUUCUUCUUCUCUUUUUGUAUCUAUCUGCAAGUGUAGGGACUUGAAGCAUGAGGCGAGCAUGGGACACGGGGUGGCAUUUCAGGUUUAUCCAUACGUUUUAACUACGACGAGGCUGCGUACCAAAGGGAGGUGGAUAUCUUUGACUCAAAAUCGG